AUGCCGCAAGUUUUGCCACAUCAAGCGCUUGGUGUAGUCGUACGUCUUGGAAGGUCUAAACGCCGAACUAAGCACGUCGUGGGCCAUACAAGUACUGAAGAGGUUCCUGAAGCAAACCGCUCAAGCAUCAACAGCGAAGUCCGUGAAUUGGACGAAAAGUGCAACGAUGAAACCAGAGAUCGACCAAAGAGACCAGACAAGAAGAGAGUAAUGUUACGCUUUGGAGGCCGGCGCUCGCUCUCAAGUCGUCGGCACCAGUUCACUGUUUGGAAGGACCAGGCUGCUAGCAAUGCAGUCAAGACACUCCGUGGAUGCUACGCUCUUGCUCGACAGGAGUUGACAGCAUGGAGAAAUCGCUCGAAGACUCCGCCGCAUGAAGGACAAUCGAGUGAGGUGAAAGCCAGCCCUUCAAAGCGCCCACGAACGAACUCUCGUAUUUCAGCCGCCUCGAGCACCAGUACCGUGGGCUCACUAUCGUCCACGAUUGAAUUGGAGGAGGAACAUCACAAGGAGCUAUACCGCUCUGAGUUUUCUUUUCACGUCCGACGUAGCAGUUCACUUGAGAUGAAGCCCAGUCAGCGCGGCUUUGCUGAGAUGCCAAGAGGCAGCCACGAGCGUCUGCUGGUUGUCCAUGCGCUGCCCCUCAAUGACGAAGACGACGAUGAUGACAGUUCUGUAAACUCACGUCACCUCCCAUUCAGAACGGUAUGUAUCAACGGUCACGAGCGCGUCCUUCACAAUGAAUGGAUAUGA